CCCAGUAAGUGGAAACAAUGGAACAGAGAAAUAGAGCCGAGUGUCAUCUGCAUACUGGUGGUGACACCUCACUACAAAUCCGCUCUCGGCGGCUUCAUGGAGCGACAAGACUGAAUCCCACAGGAAACUUCCCAUGGCAAGGAGCAAAAGUCACACAUUCGCCGCGCAGAGGAAACUGAGAAGGGGAACGCCGAAGGGAUCCUAACGUAACGGCUCGCCAUUUCUUCCGCCAGGAGAACGAGCCAGCGCGCUUGUUUUGGAGCGGAUGAGAACACGGCGAAGCGCCCCGAUGCCUUCCUUCCUCUGGGCGGAGUUCCCCAGCCCAAAACAAGCGAAGGAGUUCAGGCUCUCCGCCCCGGCCGGCCUCCCCCUCCGCCUCCCUCCUGGGGUCCCAGCAUGGCGGGUCAUGGCGCCCCGGGGGGCCCGCCACCGGUCACACUCCAAGUGGGCGGCCGGGUUCGCCCACUCGCCGAGGCGCCCGUGGAGCUGCGAGACGCCGCCCGGCGCCUGGUGGUGGACGCGGCCGGGAAAGCGGUUCCCUUCGGAUCCCUGUACCGGGAGCGGAAGGCGAUCGUGGUGUUUGUGCGGCAUUUCUUGUGUUAUGCCUGUAAGGAAUAUGUGGAGGAUCUGGGCAAAAUUCCCAAGACAUUUUUACAAGAUGCAAAUGUCAGACUUGUGGUCAUUGGACAAUCAUCGCACCAUCACAUUAAGCCGUUUUGCACUUUGACAGGUUAUCCUCAUGAAAUGUAUGUGGACCCUGAAAGGGAAAUCUUCAGGACACUUGGGAUGAAAAGGGGUGAAGCAUCCACUACAUCAGGGAAUGAAUUCCACCAUGUGCACCUUGACAAGAACAGGUUGGACCAUGUUCCCAUUAACACUGUUUUGCAACUUGCUGGAGUUCAAGCAGUAAACUUCACCAACAGAUCUCCAAUUAUUGAUGUGUGACUUUGUCGAAAGAAGAAGAAAAUCCAAGGGGCGAGUUAAAUGAUACAUGGCAACAGUGUGUCCAGCAAAUAACUUUAGAUGAGGUUACUGUAACAUUGGAAGAUCCCUAGCUGCUGAAUAGAUCGGUUUGCGGUGGGUAAAAAUGGACUUCACACUUUAUUGUUUCAUUGAACACAGAGUUAAGUUGUGAUGUGUUUAACACACACAAAAAAGAUGUUUAAACUUGCAUGAAAAAUAUACUUGGCAUACACAGUUUUAUUCCAUUCACAGCCUUUAUUAUUAUUAGUGAGUUCUGUCUUCUUAACCCCUGUCUCACAAUGACUUAAUAAAAGGACACAUUUUUCUACAGGUUAAAUAAAAAUGUAAAUUUCUACUGUCUAUUAAACAGCUUCUUUGAUGAGUCAAAACAAAAUGGUUAUGAUAAUGGACCCAGUGGUGGCGACUCUGCAGUCCUCUUCAAGAAUAUUGACAUGGACUCAGUUGGUGGUAGACAAUUAAGUUUUAUUCAGAGUAAAUUCUAAGAAAUGAAUUAAUUUAUCUGCUCUGAAUAAAACUUAAUUGAAUACCACCUGAUAGGUUGU